GGAUAAAAAUGUCUGUUACUAAAUCAAAAAGACCUUGUUAUAAUUCUGAAAUUCGUCGUGACAAAGUCCGAAAUAAAACCAGAAUUUGUAUUGGAGAUGCUUUUGAACGAUGGAGACGGCUGAAAACGGAGAAGAAUUUGAACACAGACGCCAACGUUGCUAAUUUUCUCCUGGACAGCUAUUAUGGCCCCAGCACCUCAACACCCAGUAAGAGAAACUUGAAGAAGCACCACCUGACUGCACCAUCACUUUCCAGUAUCGUAUGUGCAUCAUCUGAAACACUUUCAAAUCGCUACACCAUUUACAGAGAGGACCUGUCGCCUAUUGAGGAAAGACUGGAAGAUGAUGAGCGCACCAUGGAUGCCUCUGAGGUUCUGGAGGAAAGUCUACAGAACAUGAGCAUCCAGGAUGCUGAAACCCAGGUCAUGAAUGAGCAGGAGAUAAAUGAUCUAAUGAACAGUGUAAUUGAUUGGGGGGACAGUGAAGGUGUUAGUAAUGAGGAGAUUGAAGCAGAUGACAGUGAAGAUGAGGACUAUGUCCCUCGUAUUUGUAUUCGGUUGGGUGGAGCAUUGCAGGCACCACCAUGCAUUGAUAAUCUGCCUGUGAUAGAUGCCAGUGAGACAGUACAUGACAUCCCGGAUGUAGAGCCUCCAUCAGUCACCUUACCUACACUUCAACAACCUGGCUUUCCUGAUACACUGGAGGUCAUGACUGAAGAUGACCUAAUCGGGAAACGGGCCUCCAUCACUUAUGAGGACUGUUUGAGGCAGCUUGCAACAUUACUUGUGCUUCCGGUCCAAAAGUGCCCAUACACAUGUGACGUCAGUAAAAUGGAGUGUCAGUGUCGCCCUCCAUUUGAAGUUUCCAUUACACGCAGGGGUACUGCAAGCAUCAUGGAAUGGACCUGCCUUGUUGGCCACACUGUAUGGAGAUGGAGCUCACAGCCAACUUUGAGGUACGGGAUGCUAGCAGGGGACUUUAUGUUGGCAAGCAACAUACUACUCUCCGGAAGCAACUACUCCAAAGUCUCGCUUCUGUUCCAGUUUAUGAACAUGGGGAUGGUGGACCGUAGUUCAUUUUUCACAAUUCAGGACACAUACAGUGUAGACACUGUGAAGGAGUUUUGGGAGGAGAGGAGAGCUGAGGCAAUAAAUCGGCUAUAA